UUGUCAUUCAAAUUGAUUUUAUUUUGUAUUCGUAGAAAAUAUUUACAAGUCUUCAACAGUUCUUAUUCGACAAACAGUUUGUGCUAUUGUGUACAUAAUUGGAACAUCAGGAUACAACAUUUACAAGUUUGAGAGUUUCAAUUCAUCAAAUCAAAAAACAAAUGUCUACGCUAGAGGAUUCUAUUCUGGGCGAAAAGAAGCAAUAUUACUGCAGCAGCAGUGAAAAUGAAAGUGACGAUGAAGGAGAGCAAGGAAAUAGAGGUCGAACUGGUUCCAAUUUAAAGUUUAUUCCCGAAGAUAAAAUACAACAGCAAACUCACUGGUCAGGUAAUGGAGCUAAUACUGGACCAAAGGGAGUUAUUCGAGACUGGCAAAGAUAUAAACAACUUGAAACAGAAAAACGUGAUUGUCAGGAGCAAGAAAAGCUUGAUCUAAUUAAAAAGCUGAGUAUUACAACUUCUUCAGAUUCUGAAGCUAAGGGAGCCGCGAAACAAGAAAUGUUUGAUAAUGAAUUGGCAGAACUAAUGGAUGAAGAUUUCUUAUUUCAAUAUCAGAAAAAACGUAUGGCUGAAUUGCUAGCUAUUGCAUCCAAACUGCCAACAUUUGGCACUUUAAUUGAGCUCCGUGAUGGUGAUGAGUUUUUGAAUGCUAUAGAUGGAGAACAAAAUAAUGUCACCAUUGUGAUACAUAUUUACAAUCACAACGAUUCAGCCUGUAAAAACAUGAAUAAAGCUCUUUGCGAACUCGCUGUAGAAUAUAAGAAUGUAAAGUUUUGCAAGUUUAUAAGUACAGCGGCGGGAUUGAGUAUGUCAUUCAAAUCCACUGGUGUUCCAGCCCUUUUGGCAUACAAGGCAGGACAAAUGAUAGGGAAUUUCGUUAGAAUUACAGAUGAUCUCGGCGAGGAAUUUAAUUGUUCCGAUGUUGAAACUUUCCUUAUAGAGGUCGGAGUACUUUUGGACAAGUCGUGCGUUCCUGUGAUAAUAAAAUAAUUUCGCUAAAUCUCGAAUAAAAGUACAGAGUUACGAAAAAUACUUGAGAUUGCUUAAGGAUUUGAAUAUUAACACUUAGAUACUGAGAAAUAUCGGGAACAGAGCAUGAGCAACAAUCUCUACAAUUCUCUGCUGAAACCUUGCGACCCAUAGUGAAUGUGUAACGUGUUCGUGAAUAACAAAUAAAUGUGAACAUUAUUAAUCUAAAA